AUGGCUGCCAAAAUCCUUCUCAUUGCUCUCCUUGCCUUGGCUGCCUCUCAUGCAUUGGCUUCUGAUCCUAGUCCUCUUCAAGACUUCUGCGUCGCUGAUAUGAACUCCAAAGCCGUGAAUGGAUUCGUCUGCAAGGACUCCAAGGUUGUGAAAGCCGACGACUUCUCUCUGUCUGGCCUCGACAUGCCCGGCGAGACAGGAAACAAGUUGGGGUUCAAUGUCACGCCAGCCAACGUUAACCAGAUUCCAGGACUGAAUACCCUCGGUAUCUCCAUGGUUCGCAUCGACUACGUCCCCAAAGGCCUCAACCCGCCCCACACUCACCCUCCUGCCACCGAGAUCGUCACCGUCAUAGAAGGACAGCUCUUCGUCGGCUUCGUCACCUCCAACGGUGAGGACGGCAACCGUCUCUUCACCAAGAUGCUGAAGAAGGGUGAUGUGUUUGUGUUCCCUCAAGGCCUCAUCCACUUCCAGUUCAACCCUGGGCACACCAACACCGUCGCCAUCGGUGCUCUCAGUAGCCAAAACCCUGGCACCAUCACCAUCGCCGACGCUGUGUUCGGGUCUAAGCCACCCAUCUCCGACGAUGUUCUCGCCAAGGCUUUCCAGGUGGACAAGAAGACCGUCGACUGGCUUCAAGCUCAGUUCUAAAUUGGACACCAACAAUUGAAG